AUGCCAAUAGCCCAAAUUUUGAAUAAAGAAUUAUUCCUAGGUCAUUUCUUCAAUGACGGCCCAGGCCGAUGGCAGCAUAGUUGGCAAGUAGACAAUGGACUUUGUGCCUUAGGUGGCCCGCAACAACGACGUACUAUUGACUUGAAGCUUUUAAGUAUUGAACAAAACUUUGAUUAUAUUCUGGUCAAAUCUAAUCGACUCGAGGGCCAUCCAAAUGCUCGCAUUUAUUUUUAUCUUCUCUAUGAAGACCCGAAUACGAAACAAUUAAUUAAAGCAAAUUCGUAUGAGUUGAUUUCUGGCAAGAAUUUGGAGCUGACUGUUAGAGGAAUGUCUGAGAUUAUGGUAAUAGUUAAUUAA